GCAAACAAAAAGAAGACGAGUAUCAGUGUCCUGGAAUGUAAAGCAGCGCUUAGCCGUGAAGAAGUUGUAAGAUGGAAGCAAUAUUUCGAUAAGGCUUCGUUUAAGUUGGAUGUCGAUAAAAUUGGUCGUCAGGACCUUGCAAACAUAGAAAAUGAUGAAAGGAUUGUUCAAGAAGGGAAUAUAUAUGUGGUCUUAGACGGAGAGGAGAUUGUAGUCGAUUACGAGAAGGUGCACACUGUAGUGGCAUUACGGCAAGAAAUUCGUAUCCAGAAGAAGAUAGAAGUCGCUAAGCAAAAAUUAGUGUACAACGGUGUUGAGCUCAAGGAUCACGCCGACGACAACCGACGUAAAAACCUUGCCGAAUAUGGUAUUAGAGCCAAUAGUCACAUACAAUUGAUAGUCGCUACGGAAGAAAAAACUAUUAAGGAUCUGGUAUUUGAGUUUGAAUGGGGAUUCCCCAACGACCAAACAAUCGACUAUCUGGAUGGAACUUGUUUCUUGUAUACUGGUAAUAAAUUCUGGCGCAAAUACGAUUGCCAAUCUCCGUGGUACCCAUCCACGCCCAAUACGAGACAUUCCGGUGAUGUAAUUGACCGCGCGAACAGAAGAGGCCACCAACGGAUAACGUCCAACCUGGACGAACUACCCGAAAACGUGACGCAUUUGUAUUUUAUCCUUAGCGCACGGAACUCACCAUCCAUUGGAUGUUACAAGAUUCCAAGGUUCAGUGUAAUAGAUGAAGAACAUCCCGAUAAGAACUUGUGCAGAUAUGAGCUCAGCAAUGUCUCACAUUCAAAGGCUGUCAUCAUGUGUUGUGUUGCGCGUACCGGGACUAAAUGGAAAGUCUAUGUAGUUGGCACGGAGUCCGCAGGUAAUGCGAAAGAUUACGGGCCGAUUAAGCAGAAAAUUCAGACCAUGGAUGGGUUGUUUUAG